GUAUUUGGUUAGGUUAGAGUGCCCGCAAUUGCGAAAUGCCCCUUUGCUAAUACUAUAUUACAGUUAAUACUAAAGUUAAUAUAAUUUUAAUUUACUAUGGAAUAUAAUGAAAAUAUUAAGGAUUCAAGAAACCAAGAAAUAUUAACAUUUAUUAAAGAUGAAGGAGAUUCUGUAAAAAAAUAUAACAAUAUAGAAGUUAAAUCUGACCUAGAUAAAAGCAGUUAUGGACAGAAAUUUGUAUUAGAGGCGUAUUGUUCAGAUGAUAUUAAAAUCGAAAACCACCUAUUAGAAGAAGAUGAAUCUAAUGAAGUUGAAAUAAAAAAAGAACUGGAGGAGCAUAGCAUUGGAGCUCCACAAGAUAUUACAGUGGAAAUUACCAAUCCAUUCAAUGCUCCCACAGUACAUUUGAAAACUUAUACUGGUGAAAGAUCAUAUAAAUGUGAAAUUUGUAGUAAGCAGUUUACUCAACUAGGUCAUUUAAAUAGUCAUAUCAAAGUUAACACUGGUGAAAAUCCUUAUAAAUGUGAAAUGUGUAGUAAGCAGUUUAAUCAGCAAAAUAAUUUAAAUUUUCAUAUGAGAAUUCACACUGGAGAAAGACCUUAUAAAUGUGAAAUUUGUAGUAAGCAGUUUACUCAACUAGGUAAUUUAAAUAGUCAUAUGAAAGUUCACAGUGGUGAAAAACCUUAUAAAUGUGAAAUUUGUAGUAAGCAGUUUAGUCAUCCAAGUAAUUUAUAUAGUCAUAUAAAAGUUCACAUUGGUGAAAAACCUUAUAAAUGUGAAAUUUGUAGUAAACAGUUUACUUACUUACAUAAUUUAAAUACACAUAUGAAAGUUCACAAUGGUGAAAAACCUUAUAAAUGUGAAAUUUGUAGUAAGCAGUUUAGUCAUCCAAGUAAUUUAUAUAGUCAUAUAAAAGUUCACACUGGUGAAAAACCUUAUAAAUGUGAAAUUUGUUGUAAGCAGUUUACUCAAAUAGGUCAUUUAAAUAGUCAUAUCAAAGUUCACACUGGUGAAAAACCUUAUAAAUGUGAAAUUUGUAGUAAGCAGUUUAAUCGGCGAAAUAGUUUAAAUAUUCAUAUGAGAAUUCACACUGGAGAAAGACCUUAUAAAUGUGAAAUUUGUAGUAAGCAGUUUACUCAACUAGGUAAUUUAAAUAGUCACAUGAAAGUUCACAGUGGUGAAAAACCUUAUAAAUGUGAAAUUUGUAGUAAGCAGUUUAGUCAUCCAAGUAAUUUAUAUAGUCAUAUACAAGUUCACACUGGUGAAAAACCGUAUAAAUGUGAAAUUUGUAGUAAGCAGUUUACUCAACUAAAUAGUUUAAAUUUUCAUAUGAGAAUUCACUCUGGAGAAAGACCAUAUAAAUGUGAAAUUUGUAGUAAACAGUUUACUUACCUACAUAAUUUAAAUACACAUAUGAAAGUUCACAGUGGUGAAAAACAUAAAUGUGAAAUUUGUAGUAAGCAGUUUAUUCACCAAAACAGUUUAAAUUUUCAUAUAAGAAUUCACACUGGAGAAAGACCUUAUAAAUGUGAAAUUUGUAGUAAGCAGUUUAUUCACCAAAAUAGUUUAAAUUUUCAUAUGAGAAUUCACACUGGAGAAAGUCCUUAUAAAUGUGAAAUUUGUAGCAAGCAGUUUCAUGCAAAAUGUAAUUUAAAUAGUCAUAUGAAAGUUCACAGUGGUGAAAAACCUUAUAAAUGCGAAAUUUGUAGUAAGCAGUUUACGCAGAUGAAUGGUUUAAAUUCUCAUAUGAGAAUUCACACUGGAGAAAGACCUUAUAAAUGUGAAAUUUGUAGUAAGCAGUUUAGUCACCUAAGUAGUUUUAAUUAUCAUAUGAGAGUUCACGCUGGUGAAAAACCCUAUGAAUGUGAAAUUUGUAGUAAGUUGUAUACUAAACCAAGUGGUUUAAAAUAUCAUAUGAGAAUUCACACUGGAGAAAGACCUUAUAAAUGUGAAAUUUGUAGUAAGCAGUUUACUCAACUAGGUAAUUUAAAUAGUCAUAUAAAAGUUCACAUUGGUGAAAAACCUUAUAAAUGUGAAAUUUGUAGUAAACAGUUUACUUACUUACAUAAUUUAAAUACACAUAUGAAAGUUCACAAUGGUGAAAAACCUUAUAAAUGUGAAAUUUGUAGUAAGCAGUUUAGUCAUCCAAGUAAUUUAUAUAGUCAUAUAAAAGUUCACACUGGUGAAAAACCUUAUAAAUGUGAAAUUUGUUGUAAGCAGUUUACUCAAAUAGGUCAUUUAAAUAGUCAUAUCAAAGUUCACACUGGUGAAAAACCUUAUAAAUGUGAAAUUUGUAGUAAGCAGUUUAAUCGGCGAAAUAGUUUAAAUAUUCAUAUGAGAAUUCACACUGGAGAAAGACCUUAUAAAUGUGAAAUUUGUAGUAAGCAGUUUACUCAACUAGGUAAUUUAAAUAGUCACAUGAAAGUUCACAGUGGUGAAAAACCUUAUAAAUGUGAAAUUUGUAGUAAGCAGUUUAGUCAUCCAAGUAAUUUAUAUAGUCAUAUACAAGUUCACACUGGUGAAAAACCGUAUAAAUGUGAAAUUUGUAGUAAGCAGUUUACUCAACUAAAUAGUUUAAAUUUUCAUAUGAGAAUUCACUCUGGAGAAAGACCAUAUAAAUGUGAAAUUUGUAGUAAACAGUUUACUUACCUACAUAAUUUAAAUACACAUAUGAAAGUUCACAGUGGUGAAAAACAUAAAUGUGAAAUUUGUAGUAAGCAGUUUAUUCACCAAAACAGUUUAAAUUUUCAUAUAAGAAUUCACACUGGAGAAAGACCUUAUAAAUGUGAAAUUUGUAGUAAGCAGUUUAUUCACCAAAAUAGUUUAAAUUUUCAUAUGAGAAUUCACACUGGAGAAAGUCCUUAUAAAUGUGAAAUUUGUAGCAAGCAGUUUCAUGCAAAAUGUAAUUUAAAUAGUCAUAUGAAAGUUCACAGUGGUGAAAAACCUUAUAAAUGCGAAAUUUGUAGUAAGCAGUUUACGCAGAUGAAUGGUUUAAAUUCUCAUAUGAGAAUUCACACUGGAGAAAGACCUUAUAAAUGUGAAAUUUGUAGUAAGCAGUUUAGUCACCUAAGUAGUUUUAAUUAUCAUAUGAGAGUUCACGCUGGUGAAAAACCCUAUGAAUGUGAAAUUUGUAGUAAGUUGUAUACUAAACCAAGUGGUUUAAAAUAUCAUAUGAGAAUUCACACUGGAGAAAGACCUUAUAAAUGUGAAAUUUGUAGUAAGCAGUUUACUCAACUAGGUAAUUUAAAUAGUCAUAUGAAAGUUCAUGAUGAUAAAAAAACCUUAUAAAUGUGAAAUUUGUAGUAAGUAGUUUACUCAACUAAAUAAUUUAAAUUUUCAUAUGAGAAUUCACUCUGGAGAAAGGCCAUAUAAAUGUGAAAUUUGUAGUAAACAGUUUCAUGCAAAAUGUAAUUUAAAUAAUCAUAUGAAAGUUCAUACUGUUGAAAAACCUUAUAAAUGUGAAAGUUGUAGUAAGCAAUUUAGUCACCUAAAUAAUUUAAAUAGUCAUAUAACAGUUCACAGUGAUAAAAAACCUUAUAAAUGUGAAAUUUGUAGCAAACAGUACACUGAAAUAAAUAGUUUUAAUUAU